CGAAAGCAAAGCAUUGAAAGCAAAGCAAAGCAGCUCAGAGUCUCAGAUAUCAGACGAAGAAAAAGAAGAGGUUGUAGACUUGUAGUGGAAUUAUUGAAGCGAAGAAACUCGCUUUUACAAAGAAAUUGCUGUUUUCAGAAAACUAAGAGAACAGUUUUGUUUCUCUGCUUCAAAUAUUUAUCAAACAGACUCUCUUUGUGGGAGAGACAGGCUAAGGUUUCUCAGUGCUCGUGGGGUUUCUUGACUUCACUGAGAAAAUGAAAUGCCAUUUCUUCCGCAAAACCAAGACCCUGGUUUUGUUUUUACUGUUUUUUCUGUUUUGCAAUUCUUCUACGGUUUCCGGGAAGGUGUUUCCCGAUAAAUCGAUUCUGCUGGAAUUCAAGAGCUCUGUUUCCGACCCUUCUGGGAUUCUCUCUGGCUGGAACUCCGACAACCCAGACCACUGUUCCUGGUUCGGGGUCUCCUGCGACUCGAAUUCAAGGGUUUCCGAGAUCAGUAUCACUGGUGGUGGUGGCGGCUACAGAGGUAACUCAUCUCAAGCUCUUUCUUGCUCUGAGUUUUCUGAGUUUCCAUAUAAUGGCUUUGGAAUUAGAAGAACUUGUUCAAGUGGUAGUGGAAAAUUAGUAGGCAAUUUGUCAGCUUUGAUUGGGAAACUCACUGAGCUUAGAGUUUUAUCGCUGCCUUGUAAUGGUCUUAGUGGUGAACUUCCUGUGAAAAUUUGGGGUUUAGAGAGGUUAGAGGUGCUUGAUCUUGAGGGGAGUUCGUUGACUGGGAUAUUGCCGGUGAGAUUUCCGGGUUUGAGAAAAUUGCGGGUUUUGAAUCUUGGGUUUAAUAGAUUUGAGGGGGAGAUUCCUUUUUCACUUUCAAAAUGUGUGGGUUUGGAGGUCUUGAAUUUAGCUGGUAAUAGAGUGAACGGGUCGAUUCCUGGGAUUUUUGGUAGUUUUCCGAGGUUGCAGGGGCUUUAUCUGUCCCAAAAUAAGUUAACUGGGGCUUUUCCGGAUGGAUUUGGAUAUAACUGUCCUAGUAUUGAACAUCUUGAUGUGUCACAGAAUUUCCUAGAUAGUCGGAUUCCGCCUAGUUUGGGAAGUUGUGGGCGUUUACGGACUCUUAAGUUGUUUUCAAAUAUGUUGGAUGAUGUCAUUCCUAGAGAGCUUGGUCGGCUUCAAAGGCUUGAAGUUUUAGAUGUUUCUAGAAACAGCCUUAGCGGUCCAAUCCCUGCUGAGCUUGGACAGUGCCUCAACUUGUCGGUUCUUGUCCUCUUGAAUCUUUUUAAUCCUCUUCCAACCAAUGGAAAUUCAAGUGGAGAUUCAUCACCUGAUUCUCAGGGCGAGUACAAUUAUUUUGAAGGCUCAAUUCCAAUGGAAAUUACAACCCUUCCAAAGUUAAGAAUAGUUUGGGCGCCUAGGGCUAAUCUGGAAGGGAAGCUUCCAAGAACCUGGGGUAGUUGUGAGAACCUGGAAAUGGUGAACUUAGCUAUGAACCUUUUCAGUGGAGAGAUCAGUGGAGUGUUUGAGAGAUGCAAGAAGCUGCAUUAUCUUGAUUUGAGCUCAAAUAAGCUUACUGGAGAGCUUGAUAAGAAACUUCCAGUUCCUUGUAUGACCCUUUUUGACAUUAGUGGGAACCUCAUGUCAGGGCCCAUUCCCAAAUUUAAUUACAGUGUGUGCAGCCGUAUGCCUUCCUUGAAUUCAGAUCUUCUUGGAGUUCACAACUCAUCAUUUGCAUAUCUAUCCUACUUUACUUGUAAAACCAGUCUUGGAGCUCCUUUGCCAUUUUCUGGUGCUAGGUUUAUGAUUCACAAUUUUGGUGGGAACAACUUCACCGGUCCACUGCAAUGGCUCCCAGCUGCAGCAGAGAGAUUAGAGGAGCGGACUGAUUAUGCAUUUCUUGCUGGUGGAAAUAAGCUUAAUGGAUCAUUUCCUGGAAGUCUAUUUGGAAAAUGUGAUGGAUUAAAUGGAAUGAUUGCUAAUAUUAGCAACAACAGAUUUUCUGGUAAUAUCCCCUUGAAGAUUGGUGCAAUGUGUAGAUCUCUUAGAUUCUUGGAUGCCUCUGAGAAUCAAAUCUCUGGGUCAAUACCACAAAGUAUUGGGGAUUUGAAAUUCCUUGUUGUUCUUGACUUGAGUGGGAACAAACUGCAAGGUCAGAUUCCAGCAGGUGUUAGUCAUAUGAAGCAUCUUAAGCAUCUUUCCCUGGCUGGUAACAACCUGACUGGUGCCAUCCCUUCUAGCUUCACAAGUUUAGGCUCCCUUGAAGUGUUAGAACUUUCAGCAAAUUCUCUUUCUGGUGAGAUUCCAGAAAGUAUUGCGGACUUGAGAAAUUUAACUGUUCUUCUGAUCGACAACAAUAAACUCUCAGGGCAGAUUCCCUCUGGGUUGGCUAAUGUCACCUCUCUGUCAACUUUUAAUGCGUCCUUCAAUAACCUGUCUGGACCAUUUCCGCAGAAUCUUAAUGUGAUGAAUUGCAGUGGACUCCAAGGAAACCCUUUCCUUUCCUCUUGUCAUUUAGUCUCCUUGACGGUACCAUCUCCAUCUCCGCCAGAUAGCAAUGGGGAUCCACAAAGUAAUGUAGCUUCCCCAUCACAAAGAGUUAGUAAUAGAUUGAGCUCGAUUGAGAUUGCAUCCUUAACUUCUGCUUCAGCCAUUGUCUUAGUUCUUCUAGCUCUAAUCAUCCUUUUCUUUUACACACGAAAAUGGGUUCCAAACUCCAGGGUGCAGGUUUCUGAAUCGAGGGAAAUUACAGUUUUCAUUGACAUUAGGGUUCCACUGACAUUUGAGAAUAUUGUUUCGGCAACAGGAAAUUUCAGUAAUGGCAACUGCAUUGGGAGUGGAGGUUUUGGGGCCACUUACAGGGCUGAGAUUUCUCCAGGAGUCCUAGUGGCUGUAAAGAGGCUUGCUGCUGGAAGGUUCCAAGGUGCACAACAGUUCCAUGCUGAGAUUAAGACACUUGGGAGGGUGAGACACGCUAAUCUUGUAACUUUAAUAGGCUACCAUGCCAGUGAAACAGAGAUGUUCCUCAUAUAUAAUUAUUUGCCUGGCGGUAAUUUGGAAAAUUUUAUUAAGGAAAGAUCCAAAAGAGAUGUGGACUGGAAGGUUCUUCACAAGAUUGCUCUGGAUAUAGCCCAUGCACUUGCUUAUCUGCAUGAUCAGUGUGUUCCACGCAUCCUACACCGUGACGUCAAGCCAAGUAAUAUAUUAUUGGAUAAUGACUUCAAUGCUUAUUUGUCUGACUUUGGGUUAUCAAGGCUUUUGGGAACUUCAGAAACCCAUGCAACAACCGGUGUAGCAGGAACAUUUGGGUAUCUGGCGCCUGAGUAUGCUAUGACCUGUCGUGUGUCUGAGAAGGCUGAUGUUUACAGCUAUGGUGUUGUGCUGCUUGAAUUGCUAUCAGAUAAGAAGGCCUUGGAUCCUUCAUUUUCUACACACGGAAAUGGUUUCAAUAUCGUUUCUUGGGCGUGCAUGCUGUUAGGACAGGGUCGGGCUGAGGAGUUCUUCACAGCUGGGCUUUGGAAUGAAGGCCCCCAGGAUGAUCUGGAGCACGUGUUGAACUUGGCUGUCACAUGUACUGUUGAGUCCCUCUCCCACAGGCCUACAAUGAAGCAAGUUGUCCACAUUUUGAGGCGAAUUCAGCCUUCAUCAGGCUAGGUAGACAAUAGGCUUUUGGAUUUAUUAACCAUUGUAGGUGUAAGUGUAGAAACUUGUAUUGCCCUUUUUCUCCGCCUGGCAGUAUAGGUAGCAUGAUAUACUUGUAAUCUGUGCAUUUUCACCGUGUGGGGGGCAUCUGUCAGAUUUGGUCCUGAGGUUUUGUUGAAUCCUUGUUAUAAUCUGCAGAAGAAAAAUAUUGGUCCUUCGGGCUGUGAAUUUUUUCAGAAUAUGUUUUCCUACAUGGCUACAUGUAUCUCAGUUCAUUGUUCAUUGAAAUGUAAGCCAAACAGGAGUUAUAGUGGUUGAUUAUCCCGUUAGCCAUGUAUGAUCUUUCUUUAUCUCAAGUUUCCUUGCUGUAAUUGACAUCGGAAUAUAGUACAAGGAAUUUUCGAAUCUAAAA